AUGUCAGCAGAUGUGGCUAGAGCUCACGGUGGAGACGCUGGCAGUGAUCCUCCACCAGAUCCUACUAGGAUCCCGACUACAUGCAAGUUAGGAAUCCCAACUAAGAAAAAGGGUCGUGGCGCAACUAUUGGAAAAGAUCUAGAGGAGAGGCGGCGUAAAAAUGGAAAACCACUGGAAGUAGCGUUUUGCCCACGAACGUACAAGGUUGUUGGGGGCGAGCACGCUGCUUUUGUCCGCCUUGUGGGAACCCAAAUUAAAACGAAAGUUCCCGGACAUUACGGUUCAUGGGAAUUAGUGCCUAAACAAUACAAGGAUCAGGUCCUUGGCAUAAUUCAGUACUAUUAUCAAAUAGCGGGCCGCGAGGAUUUCUUAAAGUGUUUAGAUGGUAUCGAUCGAGAGAUGAAAGACCGAUACCGUAAUAGGAAAACACUAAGACACGAACACUUUGAGAAACACUACAAUGGACCGGAGGAUUGGAAUAAGGUUCUAAACAACCCAACCAAUGAUGUUAACAAGGAGGAGUGGAAGCAGAUCUGUCAGUUAUUUACAAGUCCACAAUUUAUUGCGCGCUCCAUAAAGAAUAAGGAAAAUCGGAAGAAACAAAAGUAUUCUACAACGCAGGGUACAAAAUCGCUGGCAGCCGUCCGUUUUGAAAAAACGAACCCGGACCUCAUUGAGUCAUGGAAGGAUUAUCAUUGGAAGAAAGCAACAAAUGAUUUCGUGAACGAUGAUGCUCGUCAAGAUUAUGAAAAACUGAAGGCUGAUUUUGAGUUACAAACUCAACAAACAUCCACUGAUGCUUCUAAUAAUGAUAGUCCGUCAUCAGUUAAUUAG